AUGGUGGAUGAAGACUUGGAGAGCUUCAUUCAGGUCCUUCGCCAUUGGAAUAAGCCAGACCAACAUGAAAUACUGAACGGUGAUUACACACUUGAUUUGGAUGUUCUGGGGGUCAAAUCUGGGUGUUCAGACAAGGAAUGGUAUUUGGAUCCUGAAUCGCAGCAAAGUGCAGCAAUGUGGUGUCUUCAGGACAUUAUUCCGAAGGAAGGAGUGUUUCGCUUUGGCUACACCCAUCGCGAAAGCGAUGCGUCUAUAUACCACUGUUCCCAAGAUGCUACGGUGGAGCGACGAUACGGUCGAUGCGGGGAUCAAUUCCCAUGCGAGAGCAAGCUCAGCAUACGCCCCUGUUUGCAAAGUCGAACCCUUACCGUUUCAAUCCACCACAAAUGGCAUAUGCCCGCAGAAUAUGACAUCUCCGACAUUGAAUCAGAGUCUUCCGAAUCUGAUUCCGAAUUUGAGUCCCGGUUUCAAGAGUUUUCUGGAUUUGAAUCAGAGUCUGACUCUGACUCCCGUGAAAGCAAAGGCGAAUCUGACCCGGAGGCUAAACCACUUGACGUCCGCAUAAAAGAACACAUGAAGAUGUUAAAUGAACUCAUAGAUAGUAUGAGAGCCGAACAUGCAAAGGGGAAUUUCAAGUAUGUGAAAAGAGUUCUGAAUUCAUCGCCAAUACAGUCAAUGAUGCUCGUGGCGAAGGAAGCUAUGCAGCUCGAAAAUAAUCCGGAUAUGCCACGGACUGGGUUUCGGCACCCGGCUACACAGUACUACGUACCAGGGCUCCUCGGAAAAUGGAACGAUAGGAGGGGAUAA